CAUCAACAGGGGUCGAAAUUGUUGUUUAUGUGUGUGUGACGUCAACACUGUAACUGGGAGUACAACGAUCUGGGACGAGUUCACGGGUUAGUUAGUAGUUAGUAGUUACAGGUUUGACUGUCGUUCCAGAGCACUUUCACGGGUAGAAGGUUGUGAAAACACGAGUUACGGGUUGCCUGGAACGCAGCAUCAGCAACAAUGUCUUCAGUUGAGUGUUUGAAAGAGUUUGUCACCGAGCGACUAACUGCUGCUGCUGAAGAAAUAUUCAGAGUUGUUGAAAAAACUAUCGUCGAGUACAAGGAAGAGAUCGCUCGGCAGCGCAGAUUGUUGGAUGUCGUUUGGAAACCAGAAAUAAAGUUAUACAGGAUAGAGCUCCCACAGCAACAUGUCUGUAAGGAGGAGGAGGAGGUGGUUCUCUCUGACCAGCAGCUCUGUAUUCAGGAGAGGAACUCCAGUCUGGACCAAGAAGACCCAGAGCCUCCACAGAUUAAAGAGGAACAGGCGGAACUGUGCACCAGUCAGGAGGGAGAGCAGCUUGCACUGAAGCAGGAGACCGAUACCUUUAUGUUGACUCCUACUUAUGAGGAAAGUGACCACAGUGAAGGUCAUACUCUGAACUUCAAUCCUGAUGAUGGCACUCUAAGUGCAGCAGAGAAAGAGUCUGUAGCCAACAUGCCAGUUAUAACCUCUGUGGUAUCAGAAGGAAACAGUGACCACCAGCUCCUCUCCCACAACUCUCUUGAAGCUGAGAGCCAAGAUCAGAAGGGUCACAGCAACAUCGUGGACGACACUAACUUGUCAGAGAUUCACCCCAAUACUCAAACAGGUACAAAGUUUUUCAUAUGUGACACAUGUGGGAAAGACUUAAAGUAUAAUUCAUAUUUGCAGAGACACCUGAGAAUCCACACAGGUGAGAAGCCUUAUUUUUGCAAAACAUGUGGAAAAGAAUUCAGACGUAAACACAACCUGGAAAAUCACUUGAGAAUCCACACAGGUGAGAAUCCGUAUGUUUGCAUGAGCUGCGGGAAAAGAUUCUGUGACGCUUCAGCGUUAAAAAGGCAUAUGAGAAUCCACACAGGCGAGAAGCUGUAUGUUUGCAAGAACUACGGGAAAAGUUUCUGUGACGUUUCAACAUUUAAAAAGCAUAUGAGAAUUCACACAGGUGAGAAGCCCUACCUUUGCAAGACUUGUGGGAAAAGAUUUGUUGACACUUCCGCAUUAAUAAGGCAUAUGAGAACCCACACAGGGGAGAAGCCGUACAUUUGCGAGACUUGUGGGAAAAGAUUCUGUGACACCUCAGCAUUAGUAAGGCACAUGAGAAUUCACACAGAUGAGAAGCCAUAUUUAAAAUGCAAAGCGUGUGGAAAAGAUUUCAGACUUAAGGAUGCUCUUAACGUCCACAUGAGAACCCACACAGGUGAGAAGCCGUAUUCCUGCAAAACGUGUGGAAAAGAUUUCAGACUUAAGGAUACUUUUAACGUCCACAUGAGAACCCACACAGGUGAGAAGCCGUAUGUUUGCAAAACAUGCGGAAAAGAGUUUGGGCAAAAUAGCAACUUGUCGGUCCACAUGAGAAGAGCCCACACAGGUGAGAAGCCGUACGUUUGCAAGAUCUGCAGGGAAAGAUUCUUUGACUCUUUGGCUUUAAAAAAGCACGAGAACGCACACAGGUGAGAAGCUGUAUUCUUGAAAAACGUGGAAAAGAUUUUGGACGUAAAGAUAACUUCACUGCUACUGCUGCUGGCUGGAAUGACAAGGAUGCCGCAGGGGCAAGGAAUUUAAAAUCUUCAAUGCCUCAUCGCGCUGAUAUGACCGGCCUGGCCCGUCGGGUACCGUUGGGUCCCGUUGGGCUCGGGUCGU